GGGCGGGGCGGGGCCUGGGCCGAGUCACGUGGGGGCGGUGCGCGCUAAGUGCGGCUGCGCGGGCCGGUAGCUGCAGCUGGAUCGGUGGUGUUUGGAGGAGACGCGAAACUGGAUGGCUUCUACAGGGAGCCAGGCCUCCGAUAUAGACAAGAUUUUUGGAUUCUUCAAUGAUGGCGCACCCCCCACCAAAAAGCCCAGGAAGCUGCUUCCAAGCUUAAAAGCUAAGAAGCCUCGGGAGCUUGUGCUGGUGAUUGGAACAGGCAUUAGCGCUGCGGUUGCACCUCAGGUUCCAGCCCUGAAGUCUUGGAAGGGGUUAAUUCAGGCCUUACUGGAUGCUGCCAUUGAUUUUGAUCUUCUGGAAGACGAGGAGAGCAAAAAAUUUCAGAAAUGUCUCCAUGAAGACAAGAACCUUAUCCAUGUUGCCCACGACCUUAUCCAGAAACUGUCUCCUCGUACUAGUAAUGUUCGAUCCACGUUUUUCAAGGACUGUUUAUAUGAAGUAUUUGAUGACUUGGAGUCCAAGAUGGAAGAUUCUGGAAAACAGCUACUUCAGUCAGUUCUCCAUCUGAUGGAAAAUGGAGCCCUGGUAUUAACUACAAAUUUUGACAAUCUCCUGGAACUGUAUGCAGCAGAUCAGGGAAAACAGCUUGAAUCCCUUGACCUUACUGAUGAGAAAAAGGUCCUAGAGUGGGCUCAGGAGAAGCGGAAGCUGAGUGUGUUACACAUCCAUGGGGUCUACACCAACCCUAGUGGCAUUGUCCUUCAUCCAGCUGGGUAUCAGAAUGUGCUCAGGAACACUGAAGUUAUGAGAGAGAUUCAGAAACUCUAUGAAAACAAGUCAUUUCUUUUCCUGGGUUGUGGCUGGACUGUGGAUGACACCACUUUCCAAGCCCUUUUUCUGGAGGCUGUCAAGCAUAAAUCUGACUUAGAACAUUUCAUGCUGGUUCGGAGAGGAGAUGUAGAUGAGUUCAAGAAGCUUCGAGAAAACAUGCUGGACAAAGGGAUUAAGGUUAUCUCCUAUGGAAAUGAAUAUGCUGAUCUUCCGGAAUAUUUCAAGCGACUGACGUGUGAGAUCUCCACAAGGGGGAGAUCAGCAGGGAUGGUGAGAGAAGGUCAGCUAAAUGGCUCAUCUACAGCACACAGUGAAAUAAGAGACUGUAGUACCUGAGAGCACUCGAGAAAUCUCCACCAUUAGACCAAGUUGUAAGGCCCUACUGUGGACAGUGUUUAAGAAGUAAACCUACAUGAACCCAACACAGCUCCUAGGAAGUACCAAAACCAGAGGCGAAGGUUGGGGGUAGAGUGGGGGGGAACAUUCCAACUUAAUCCUUUAUGCCAGCUGGUUUGUGAUCUUCUGUGGCCUGUUCCGGCUCAAGAAUACCCAAGUGACAGUGGGACCCAAGUGUAGCCCCCUACCCCACCCCACCCCGAGGCUGGACAUGCCUGUGUCCACGCAGCAGAUCCAUGGGAUACCUCCACUGACUGCAGCUGCAGCUCUGCAUGAAGGACUUGGGAUCUACGUGCCAUGGAGUCACCAUGGCCCUUGUUGCAGUUUUGUACUCCAUACUUGGUUUUUCAAUUAAGCUUAAUGGCUUUUUUAAAACAUGACUUGAAGCUCUAGUUUUCUAGAUCUUUUACAGUGUACAGUAUUUUACAUAAUUGAGCUGUAUUAAAAGCUUGUUCAUUUACUUCCCAGGG